AUGGUUUCUUCCCAAAAUGAAACCUCUCUAUUGAGCUCUGAAGAAGAUUCUCAGAGGACUAAGUAUCCAUAUUUUACAGGUACAUCUGUGAUUGGGAUCAAAUACAAAGAUGGUAUUCUCAUGGCUGCUGACAUGGAAGUUCACAGGAUCUUAUGGUUGCAUGACAAUAUGUGGGAUGAUGGGAAUUCACUUAGUGCUAAAGAGAAUUCUCUUGUAAUUGGUGGAGUAAAAAAUAGACACAAGUAUAUAGGCUCUGUUACCAUGAUUAGUGUACACUAUGAAGACAAUCAUGUUGCUACUAGUUUUGGUAAUCAUCUUGCAAGGCCAAUUCUUCAUGAAGAAUGGAGGGAGGAUUUGAGUUUUGAGUAG